AUGUGCACAGAUGAUAUGCUUUGCUGCUGGUUGAACUCCUUCUUCACCUCUACGGUAGGUUCCGCCCGUUUUCGGUGGUCUCCCUAGAAACAGGGAGAAAAGGUGUGACGUUUGAGCCUGUCUCGAAUUUUUUGGAGUGCUAUCGGAGCAAAGUUCCAAAGUUGAAGUAGUUCAGAAACUUUUGAGUAGGCUGAUAAAGGGGCACAGGUAACAGAACAUAGGCGUUAUGAAUAUGAAGCUUUCUGAUAGGUUCCAGUUUUUGGUGAGCUUUCUGAAACAAUCAAUUUUUUCAAUCUCUGCCUGUUCAAUUUUCUUUCGAUCUUCUAUCUAGCGUUCGAAGAGAUAUUAUUAACCUUCCGAGUGAAUCCUCAGGUUUUUUUUAAAACAAAAUAUAGAAAACGAUCUAUUUCACCGGUAGAACUUGUUCUUUUUACUCAAUCUGAGCAACAUAGUCGUUUCUUCUUGUUUUUGAAGCAGCCGAAGAAAAAAAAUGAAGUGAUAUAAAAUUCCAUACUCACUUAUUCAGCCGCUUUUGUCUGCCACGUCAGUUAGAAUAAGCGAUUACUACAUGAGCCUCUUCUUACACAAAAUAACACGACUAAAAACGGUCCCUGGGGAUUUUGACUAAUUGUUUUGGGUAGCGAGGUGAAAUCAGGGAUAAAUUGAUGAGAACUUCCUCUUUUUGCAAAAGGAAGAGGUGCUUUCGGGUGGGAAACGUUUUGAGGCUUGACCAGGUAUUCUAGGACUCAUUGCGUCACGCAGAAGAAAAGCUGCCUGUUAUUCGACACUCGAAGCUCAUUAAUAAAUUAGCGGUUGUAGAGAAACUAGGCUCCUCUUUUAAAGGUGGAGUUUUAUAGGACCAAAGUUCAAGCUAAAAAUUCCGAAAGAAGUUGCAACAUUUAGUCAAAGACGUUUGAAACUUCAAAAAAGCUGUCUAGUCACGGCUAAUAACAUCUAAAAUAAAAAUGAAAAACUUAUUGGAAGAGAUUUCCGGGUCUUCCUCGAUUUAAACUGACGCACUAAGAACCCUGAAGUAUAAAAAUUAAAAGAAAAAGUCAUCAGUUUAUGUUUUUAAGCGGGAUUAACCUCUUUAGCAUUAUCGUGAAUCAUGUAGAAAAAGGUGCCUAGAAGCUAGUAAAAGUAGGGAUAAUGAUCAAUAAAGUCCUCGAGUUCGUUUCAGAUCAGUUGAAAAUUCACGGAAAUUAGUGAAACCUACUCAUUUAUUGCAGUUUCGAUAUUGGUUUCUGGACUCGCGGCAACGGAUUACGACGCUUUGUAUAAUUGUUCUUUGUUGCUUACCACCCUCUUCGCCGUUUGUUCUUUAUCAAGGAAGUAAGUCUUUUCAUCUUCAAAAAUCUCAUUUCAUUCGUUUCAAUUUCAGCGACUCAAAAGCUCGACCAACGAGAUAUUACUAUGUUAAAAGAAUUAAAAGUUGAGGACCGGAGAACAAUUUACGAUUUUUGCCGUUUGGUGGUUGUAUUUCCCGAGCGGGUCAGUUUUUUUAUACCUCCCGGUCGAAAGUAACUUGCUGAUGGAUAUCCUCUUUUUGAUCAUUUGUUUCGAUAAACUCUCUGUUUUCAUUUUGACCUCCUGGAGCUGGUUCACUUUGCUCAGCUUCCGAAUUUAGAAUGUACUUGCUCGAAGGCCAAAGAUUGCAAACUAUUUGAGUUUGUAUGUUCCGCUGUUUAUUUGUAUUCAUAUGCAUCAGAAAGUAAUUGAGAGAUAUCUCAGAAAAAGCCCCACAUCUUGAAAGAUGAUAAUCCGCCUAGAUUACAAUCAAAAAGAUUAUUUUUGAACUUUUUUUAGAUCUUCCUUAUUGCUUAAGAGGAUCAUUGAUCUUGCUAGCUUGAAAAUAAUAACGGUCAUUUUUUUAUUUUUUUAAACAUUUAUAAUAUUUAUAUCAUUCACAAGGGUUUUUUUAAACAUUUUUUUAUCAAUUAUUUUUUUAUUAUGAAUCUUUCUGAUAGGUUUUGAAAAAUCACUUUAAUUUAUUUCGCAUAAAGAAUAUUUGAAGUAUUAAAGAUGAUUUUUUUUUUCAGAUGCAACCACGAAUGAGCGAGGAACAAGUGAAAAAUGCGACGCCGAUUUGUGAACAACUUUUACUUGGAAUCAAAAAAGUCAAGGAACUCGAAAGGAGUCGUGACGCUCGUUUUCGGUUCGUUUUAUUUUCUAUUUUUUUUUUAAUCGUUCAUUCUCAUAAGAUAGUGGAAAAAGUCGAUUUGAAGACCUGUAUUCAGGAAAAAGUAACACAAAAUUUAAUCAAAUAGGAACACUAAACGAAAUCUUUGCGUAUAUAAAAAGUACGACCACUUACAAGCUCGCGCUUGAAAUUUUCUUUUCUAUGACUUUUACAUUGCAUUGAAAAUAACAGCAAAUUGCGGAUAUAAUUUUCUGCCUAUUUCUCAUUAAUAUUUUUUAUCUUCAUCUUUCAGACGAAGGUUACUGUGAGAUUUGCUGAACAAACUUGAGAUGUACCGCCCGACACAGCCGCCGGGUGCCCAAGCCUACCGUCUUCAAAGAGAGAAAAAAAAGAUGAAAUAUACGAAAACAAUAAAAAUUUAAACAUUUGUUACUAGUCUGUUUGCGUAUUUACAAAGGAGAGGCUAACAUAAAUAGAGAGAGAGAUCAAGUAGUACCGAUUAACAAAAGGAACCAAUAAAAAACAUUUUUCAUAGUUUCCUCCGCUUUUCACGAUUUUUGAAAUAGUAUUGAAUAUUAAAUUUCGGAGUCGAAAUGGCUGUUGAAACAUUGAAAUACAAAAAAGCUACAGUAGUCCAAUGUCUGUACUCUCUUCUUUCGAACCUUUUCUCUAAACUUAUGUGGUCCAUGUGCAGGAAUUUUUAUGGCUUUCAACAACUUUUUUUUUCCAAUUUUUGUUCUUAUGAAUACAAGUAGGGAUAGACAUUAUUUCAAAGCUUCUGUAUGUUCAUGCUAUUAAAUUAAAGAACUGUGUUUUUAGCUCAUAUUGCAUAUAAAAUAUAUACUUCGUAAACGAUUUCCUCAUGCCUUGCCACAGUAAAUCACCAACUAAAAAACGUUGACGUGAAAUUUCUAAAUUAGGAACAAACGUAUUUUUGAAGAAGCCAAAAAGCUGCUCUUCGGUGUCUCCUGAAAAUUUCUCGCACGAAAAAAACUUUCCUCAGCUUCUGAGAAUGUUCGUUUAAAGAUCCAAGAAGACCUAAUUUUUCCAAACUGGUGAUUAGGUAUGAAAUCGUUCAAUCGACUAGUAAUCGAACAAAUAUAGUGCUUGUUUAAACAAUGGAGUGAUUUUCUAGUUCAUAAUUCUUCAAAAUUUCAGAAACUCAUAGAAAAUUCAAAAAAUGAAGAAUGCAAAAAAAAGUAGUAGUUUCUUCUGAUGGGAAAAUUUGAAAGAGUUUGAUACUUACUUACUUUACUUUGAUACUUUGAUGGUCCAACGUCGCUGGUGAUGUUCCCAGCAUGGAUCACACGUUUUUCAGACGACACGGUCUUUGCGAAACGGUCAUCCAAAGGCGUUCAGGUUGACUGCAAGUUUUAAAAAAUUUUGAUAGCAGUUGAAAUCGUUUUUAGAAUGCUAAAGGGUCCACUUUUUGUCAUCGGAAAGAGUUAUUUUGCGGCUUCCCUUUGAUUUUUUUGUUCAAUUUUUUUCAAAUCCUCCAGGGCCUGAGAUGUCGAAACUGCGAGUCAUCGGUGACGUGCUCGAGGCGUGCCAAACUUGACAGAAAUAUACGGUUUGAUAAGGCAGAAGAAUAAAACGGCGGAUACAUUUUAUAACUGUGCAAACGUCUUUGGUGCUUUUUUGGCACACAACACCUUUUCAAUCCAAAAUCGCAUUCAUUCAUUUUUUUUUUCACCUUCGUUGAUAAAUUUUUUCCUAAAGUUUCUUUUCAUGUCGUGAGUGAGGAUACUAUAUGUAAAAAAAAAACCUGCUUUUUUGAAAUUUAAUUCUUCAAUUUUUGGUCGCAACUGUUUUCUAAUGAAUCGAAAGGUUUUUCUAAAAAGGAAAACUGAAACUGGUUUUUUUUUGCAUGCUGAGCUCAUAAAGGUGAAAUAGGGAAUAAAGGAUUUUUUCCCAGAAUUUCCCAGAAAUUUCUCAUGUAAACUCAUUCCAAUUGCUAGUUUUGAGAAAAAAAAAGCCUUCCAAUUUCGAGCAUACUUCGAAACGCUGAAUCAAGCUGAUUGUCAAAGUAAAAUUGAAAAUGAGAAACUAGAAAAGCCGAUUAAUCAGAGCUUAAUAGUGUGAGAUGCAAGAAAUUUGUCAGCAGACAAGAGAAUGCAAAAAGAAAGACAACUUUCACUAUCGAAAAGAAAAGGUGAUAAGAUGGAGGUAAUCGUUUGAAAAUAAUCAGGAGGCGCCAUUCGACCGCCGAGUCGUGAUGGGAAAUCUCCGCGGAGCCGUCAUCCUUCUCCUCUUCACUGUUAGUAUUUUUCCAUUCUUAGAUUACGAACUCGAGAAGAAUUAUAUGAAUAAAUGAAUUUUACUUUAUAUUUUUAAGUCACCUCCAUUUCAAUUAUUUUUUUAUGUACCGGUACGUUACAAAGAUAACUUGUAUAGUUAGAAUAAUGAACUAAAUGUUGUAGAAAAACCAAAAAACAACACUGAGAUCUUAAAAUUGACUUCAUCUUAUCGGCCAGAUACGGAAACACUAUAUUAAACCAGAUACUGGGAUAAAUCUGCUCUUCUUCAAAACGUUCUCCUUUUUUGGACGUUUAUUUCCCCUUUUCCAUGAACUUUCAGCUCCACGAAAAAAAAAUUAGCUUUUUUUGAACUAGGUUUUUGAUAGCUAAUUUUAAAGCAAGUGAUUAUGGAAUUUCACAUAAAUUCUCGCGCAUGAUCGACACAGUACUAAGGACGCCGGCGGCAGGUCGAAAUUGCGGCGACUGUUCCAAAGCCAGGAUAUUUUUCAAAUUUUUUUUCCCUUCCCGCAGUUUGUUUAUAAUUUUACUCUUUUACUUAAAAAAACAUUUCUAAAUUACCGUAGUAGGACUGCCCGCCUUAAAAAGCCUUUAAAACUGUUAUAAAUCCUAGUCUCAUCGGCUAAUACGCUAUCACUCUCACCAUCAAGAUGAAACUCCUUUAUUUGAGGUUAUGACUCAAGAUAGCGAGUUAAUUCUAAAUUUUCUUUUCCUUUUUUUACUUCGGUUGUUCAAAUUUAACGAAAUCUUACCAAAAACAGUUCUGCAUGAAAAGAUAGGCGACAUCCAGACCUUGUAUAUGUUCUCGAGGCAUUUCGUAAUGGUGCUUAUCCUCUCUUUCAGCGAACCACGGCAUGCCUGAAACAAGGUUCGAAAGUUUAGAAAGCAAAAGUAAAAUUUUCGAACUUUUUUUGGGCGACGGUAAGACAAUUGAGAAUCGCAUCAUCUGAAACUAAAAAGUCCUGUAAAAAAAAUAGUUUAUUAGAUAAAAAAACAAUAAAUUACUUCCGGCCAAUGUAUCUACAUAACUUUUCAGUAUAAAUACCCAGCUAAAAUUUUCCUUUUUUUUCCAAAUUACCUUGAAAUCGAUGAAAAUAGAUGAAAAAAUAGAUGGAAAAUAAUAUAUAAUAAACGCAUGAGAUCGCGAAAAAAGAAAGAAAUUUUCGAAAAAAAAAUUUUUUUCUGCGGAACGACGUAACUUCACAGCUGUUACGCAACGUGACGCACAAAAAACAAAUCUGCAUUUCAAGUUUUUCGUUAUUUUUUCAGCGAUAUCGCUGAUCAUAUGAUCAUCGAAGAAAAUUCUAAAAAAACGAUCAUCGAUGAUAGUUUCUUUCCAAUUAAUUUCAAUCAACAGUCCCUUUUUAUUCAUGCAUUAAAUCACGUUAGUGAACAAAUAAAUAUUUAUUUUUUUGGAAAUUUCCAGGAAAAAAGUUUAUUUGUAAGUUUCUAUGAAAAAUGACAAUGGCAAAAAAAUAAGUUUUUCAGUAGUUUUUACUCAUGAGGGAAAAAUUUUUUUCCCUGAGUCUAGCUCUUCGAUCUCAAAAUUCUCUAUAUUUUUAUAUGAUAUUUCUUGUCCUAGUAUUUAAUAAUUUUGUGCGUUUUUAAGCUUAAGCAGAGCGCUUUUUUACUAUAGAUAAUCAAGUAUGUUGAUAGAACGUUCAGAAUAUAAUACUAGUAUUAUUAUCUGAACGUUCUAUCAAGUAUAUACCAAGUAUAUACUUCAGAAGAAAACUGUUCGAUACUGUCAAAAAUCAUGUGUUUUGAAUUUUUAACGUUUUCAAAUUUUUAUUCUGAGUGUUCUCGUUACAGUCGGUCACAUGCCUGCGACCAACGACAUGGGCGCAGAGAAGAGCUCCGGCGGCCGUCGGAGAAUCCGCGCAGACGUCAGCCACGAUGGCUUUUUUCACGCAGAAGCUCGACCAUUUCAAUUCCACCAAUACUCAAACUUUCACUCAGGUUUCUCUCUGUGAUCGAUUUGAAUUAUCAGGGUGAAAAUCCGCUUCUUUUUUUUUCGAGCGUCAUAUAACGGGCAAAAAACCCUUGUGAGACGCUGAUAAGAAUGAUGCGUAAUUCCGCUAUCACUCCGUCACUGAUAGCAGAGUUAUCUUAGGAAACUUAUCGUAGAUUGUUGGAUUGAAUAUUCAAUAACAUGUAUAUAAAUAAAGAAAACAGAAUUUGUCAAAACGGCAAAUAAUACACGAAGAAGCAGAUUUUUUGACUUUGGCAGUACAAUUGCGUUUAUAUUUUCGAAAUAUUUUAUGACGAAAUAUGAAGUGAGCCAAAAAUUUCAAUCAAACUUUUUGUUCCUGUUUAUCUUGCAAGAAAAAUGUUAAUUCUGAAAAACGUCUUGACAUAUUUUAUUGUUCGGUAUAUACACACUUAGAUGAAACAGGUAAGACAUUUUUAAUAAUUGAUCAAAAAAGUUAGAAUCUUCUCAAGCUACGGCUGAUAAAAAGUAUUAGAAAAACUGGUGAGUUAAACAUACGGAACAAUACUAAAUGAAAUGAAGUUCAGAUCAGAAAUAAUCUAAAAUGACAGCGAAAUCAAAAUAGCCAGUGGGAGAAAGAAAAGGGAAGGUUCUGGUACAGUUUGAUUUUUCCAGCGCUACUUUUACACCACUGAGUUCGCUCAGAAUAAUGUCGCGUUUUUGGAAAUCGGAGGUGAGGGAGCUGUUGAUGGGUCUUAUGUGAGUUUAUGGAAGGAAACGUCUGGAAAAGAUGCUUUUGAGAUGGAAAAUACGACGAUUCCAUACGUUAAAUAUGCCAAGGACAACGGAGCGUCGCUUUUUCUGUUAGAACAUCGAUUUUACGGCUUGUCGAGGCCUUUUGCGUGAGUUUUGAAAUGAAAAAAAAAGAAUAUUCAAAGAGAUUUGAAGGACGCAAUCUGUGGAAAACCUUGUCUAUUUGACGUCAAAGCAAGCAAUCGAGGAUGUCGCUUCGUUCAUCACUUUUGCCACCAAACAGUACAACAUGGCUCCUAAAACGAAAUGGAUUGUUUUUGGAGCUUCCUACGCCGGUUUUUUUUUGAGAAAAAACAUUUUGUGGUUUAUAUGGCCAUGUCUUCUGAGGUUGGAAUAGACCUACCAUGUGAGAAAAAAAGUAACUGAGAUUUUUUAUUAAUUUUUCGAAGUUUAACGAUCAAAGCAUACAUUAAUUAUAUUUAAAAGUGUACCUUAUUCAAAACCUAGGAAUAUUUGGAUGGAAAGGAAAUAAAAGAAAAUUUGAAGUUUUGUUUUUGAAAUGUGUUCAGCCUCUGUUUGAGGAUCUCGAAACAUUUCAGGUAACCUGGCCGCCUGGACUCGUUCGAAACAUCCUGAGCUGGUUGUGGGAGCCGUGUCAAGUUCAGCGCCCAUCCAAGCCAAACUAGACUAUUGGGGUGAGUAGUCCUUGAGCGUUCUCACUUUCCUUGGGAGAACAGCUCUCGUCUUUCCAUUGCUCCAAUCAAAUCUGGUUGAUGUCUUCGCACGAUUUCAGAGUACAUGGAUCAGAUGGAGCAGUCGAUUCGGCUUCUCGGAUCCAACGACUGCGCGGCCAACAUCUCGGCCUCGGUAGCCGAAGUCGUCACCUCUAUGAGCACGGUCGAGGGUCGCCACACUCUCUCGACUGUCCUGCCGUCCGUACUUCCUUCUCCAGCUGUUUCUGUUCAUCUUCUUCUUUCAGACUUCAGUUGCCUCUUGACCAAACCAAUUUGACCUACAACGACAUCCAGAAGUUCUACGACUCACUGUUCAGUAGUUUCGAAGUUGUCGUCCAGUUCAACAGCGAGGUAAGUCAUCGAGGAUCAUCAGGGAUUUUAGAGUUUCUUUAUUUUUAGUUCGGACUUUCUAUCGCUGAUAUGUGUAAAGUCAUGACCAAUGCAACUCUAAAACCGGUGGAAAAAUUAAGGGACGUUUUCUGGUUAGUGCAAGGUGAGUGUUGGGAAAUAUAUUUGAUAUAUCGACAGGAGUUGUUUGAGGUGACCUUGGAGAUACACAGAAACUGGGAAAAAUGGAAAAUUCCUACAAUGACGUCGUCACUCUUUUGCUGAACGAGACCUAUGACAAUCCUGAUCUCGGUGGGUCUGUUCUUCAGAAGCAGAAUCAUCGGAGUUUUCUCAGCGAGCAGUAGAUCUUGGUUUUGGCAGCUUUGCAACGAGUUCGGUCUUUUGCCAUCAACGGACGGCGGCGAAUACGGCAUUUUCGGGGCGACGAUUCCUUCGAGGUGACCUCCAAGCGGAGAAAAUGAAAAUAGUGUGUUCAGUUUGUACAUCAACCAGUGCAUGGACAUAUUCGGCAACCAUUUCGAUGCGAUGAAAAUCCGCGACAACGUCGAGGCGACCAACGCCUACUACGGCGGUAUCGAAAACUAUCCAGUAUCCGUUGACCAAUUCUGCUCCAUGGAAAUCUCCGUUUCAGGGUACAAACGUGGUGUUCAUAAACGGGGCCGCAGAUCCGUAUUCGAGGAUUGGAAAGACUCGUUCUAGGGACAACUCCGUCGUCUGCUACACAAUCAAGAGUUUGAAUUCCCGGCAAUACUUAAAACUUUCCUCCUUUUAAGACGGUUCCCAUGCAGAAGAUGUCUUCCCGAAGAACUCCUUCACAGUGGCAGACGUCCAGAACGCACAGGCGCUGAUCCAGGCCAACCUUUUCAACUGGAUCAACGGACCGCCGAACCCAGUCACGAGCAGUGAGUCUGACCUCAGAGAAGCUCCUAGGAACCUCUUCAGUCAACACCACGGAUCCGUGGACCAGGCCGAAUUCGGCCGGCAGCGCGGCGGCGAGAUCGAUGCGGUCUUCGGCCACCAAUUCUCAACUUUUCGCUCAUCUUUCGGAGGACGUUCCUUCCAAAAAGGUACUCUCAAUCACCUUGAUUCAAAGAUAAAUAUGAAAGACUUGGAAAAGUUUGAAGCUUGGACCAUAAAACUAAUUCGCUUUGAGAACAUCCUGACAGCGCGUCUUUUUUCAUCCGAACAUUUGAAAGGUGUAUUUCAGAUAUAAUAUUUUCAUGAAUAUUCAAAACGAGUAGCAUCCAAAAUAUUAAAUUUAUAGAGGUCAAAGUUUGAGCCAAAAAAACUAAACGUGGCAAAAAAUGUACUGAUACCCAGACCUAUCCCCCGUGGAAAAAACAUCGGAAGGUCUGGCUCGGCCGUCCUCCACACGGACUCAGACCCGCACCCGAGGCAGCAGCGGAAGUAUUUACAGACUUUUGCAUUCUAAAACAGUUUCCUGUAUUCAGUUCGCCGGUUACCCUCCCGGCUACGAAGCCGGUACGUUCAGACAGCGCGUCGACCACUUUGACAAUACCAACGCCAACACUUUCCAGCAGGUCUUAACACAGAAAAUAGUCUACAGUACUCAUUUUUCCAGAUCUUGAGUGAAGGAGCUGUUUAGACCGAAAUGAUUAAUUAUUCUCGAACACAAUAGAACUUUCUAAUGACUAUCGGUUAAAAAAUAAUCAUUUUUCUCAUUUUGAGGAGCUCACAUUCUAAUGUCUAAAAUUUUCGAAUGUCUCACUUUUUCCUGUGGAACCUUGUUGGUAAGCUUCAAAUUCUCAGAUUAAGCUUCUCGGUCUAUCGAUUUCAGAUUUUUUCUUUUUUUUUGCUGUCUCCAUUUUCGAGUUUCAGUCAAAAAAAAAAUAGAAAUUCGGUUUACAGAAGUAUUUCAAAAACGCGCAAUGGGCGAAAAGUGGCGGGCCAAACUUCCUGAUGAUUGGCGGCGAAGGCCCGGAAUCGGACCGAUGGGUCCUCAACGAGAACCUCACCUACCUCCUCUGGGCACAGAAAUACGGCGCCACCGUCUAUCUUCUCGAGCACCGCUACUAUGGAGACAGCGUCGUUGGGUCCGUUUCAUUCCCUCUAAUUAUUCAUUUUGUUUAUCUCUAUCUAUGUUCUAUUAACGAGUUUUAUAUCACUGAGGAAGAUUUUUUUGGGUUUCGGCAAAAUAAGGUAGACUUGAGACUCUCAAGGACCUCCAAUAUGACUUAGAUAGAGCUAAAAGGUACGCUCUGACAAUGGACAUUUUCUGGGACAUGCACGAUCCAUUCUGAGAGAUGUCUUUGUGGACACAUUAUGGUGCCUUCCCGAUUCGUCUGUGCGUUAGGUCCGCCGAAGCUUGCGUUAAUCAUUCUCCCUACUGUUGUUUUAAAGUUAUUGAGUUCAAUAGAGUAGUUUAUUUGGCGUCUCAAAAAUAUUGAAAGAUUCAAUAGAAAUUAAAUUUUUGACUGAGAAACUGAAUAUGAAUAACUCUUGUCAAUACUGUGGAAUUUUUCAUUCUACAUAAAGAAAGGAAAAAAACUUGAAGUCGAAAUCUCAAACGACUCGAAAAGCAAUCCCAAUAUUGUUUCACGUUAUUUGAUCAAACUCCAACCAAUUAUGAACAACUGCGACCUGUUUCAGCAAAAAUUUGACAUUUGUAAAAAAAUAUUAUUCUGAGAGCUCUUUAAAAAAAGAUUUGACAUCAAAAAUAUGAAUAUAUACUUUGUUUCACGGUCAACAAGUCUUUCAGAGACAACAACGACCUGACGUUCCUUUCUUCUCUGCAGAUGCUCUACGACCUCGCCGAUUUCAUUAAGGCGAUUAAUUUGAAGACCGGCAACACUGCUCCGUGGAUCACUUUCGGAGGAUCUUACUCGGGUUGGUUUUCUGAAUGGAACAAUGUUGAGCUGAGCAUGAUGGCAAACAAUUUUUGCCAAUUUUUAACCUGGUUUCUGGAAUUGCUGGAGAAAUUUUUGAAAAAUUUCUAUCUCUUUAGUUCGGUUUUUUCAAAUGGCAUAGUCCAUGCUGGUUUGAACAGCGUCGAAGUUCAUAUUUUAAAACAAAAAUGUUCAAAGACAAGUAGUUGCUACUUUUUGACGAAACAGCGGGAAGCACAAUAGGAGAUAUCGAGGUUUCUAACUUUGAGUGGAAAACUUUGAAAACAGAUUUGGUGUCAAGCAAAAUUGUGAAAUCCUAGACAAAACCAGAAAAUCCACUGUGAGUUCCGACCAUCUCUUGCUCAGAAAAAAUGUAAUUGAGAAAAAUGAUAAAGUUGUUUCUCUCUCAGUCGCAUCCGCGUGUAGUUUUUUUGUUAGUCGUCUCGUAGAGCAAGAAUUUCUGUUAAAGAAAUAUGUUUUUCCUCUUAAUUCUAGGGGCAAUGUCUGCCUGGAUGCGCGAAGUUUUCCCAGAUCUUGUGCUCGGCGCUGUUGGCUCAUCUGGACCCGUUUUCGCCAAGAUCGACUUUUUCGGUUGGUCGAAAGCUUCUAAAUCUCCAAAAUCGACUUCAGAAUAUCUGAUGGUCGUCGAGAAUUCCAUCCGCACUUACAACGACGAAUGCGCGAAUCGCAUCGCUUCUGGCUUCGAGGAAAUGCAGAAAUUGUUCAUGACUCCCGAGGGCCGAGUCAAUCUCUCCAGCAUAUUCUCGUCAGUUUCAGCUUCGAAUAACUUGAAUCAGAAAUCUUGGUAGGCUACAACCGGCCUGGAAAGCUGAUUCGGUAGUUUCUGAGCUUGGCCAGCACUAUUUCUUCUCCAACAUUUACGGCAACUAUCAAGGCGCCGUCCAGUAUUCUGGUGACAACACUGGUGUAAGUUAUAAGAGUAGCGAAAAAUAAAAACAAAAAAAAAUAUUUAAAAAAAAGUCUUUCAAAGUUUCACAGUAAAUCCUGCUAAGAAAUUUAUCGAAAAGAAUGAGACUGAUAUUGAUUUGACGAUUUUAAACGCAAAUGGAGAAUGAUAUCUCCCAUCCACAUGAUUGUCGACUAUUUUUAACAUUUCAAAAACAUUUUCUUUUCGAAAAAAAACCUGAAAUUCGAAUACGCUGCUUCAAUAUGUUGUAUUUCAGCCUUAUGCGAUAGGCUAUGGAAUCCCAGACAUGUGCAAAAUCAUGCUGAACGACUCAAACACGCCCAUUCAGAACGUGGCCAAGUUCAAUGAGUUCAUGACGGAGUUUUAUGAGGUUCCAGCUUUGUUUAGCAGAAUCGAUUCUGAAUUUCCUUUUUUUGCAGGGUUGGACCAUUCAGCUACACGGACAACAACUACCAGGGAAUGAUUGACGACCUCAAGAACGCUCAGAAAUACGGACCAAGUACUGGAGACCGCCUUUCCUCUCAAGUUCUAAAAUCUCAGAUUCGGCGGCGAGUCUUCUGUGGACUUGGCAGACUUGCACCGAGUUCGGCUAUUUCCAGUCGACGGACAGUGGUCACAGCAUCUUCGGAAGCCCGACUCCUGUCAAGUUCUUUUUUCUUUUUCAGAUCCAGAGUAACCUUCCUUCUCAGCAUGUACACUCAAAUGUGCACGGAUGUGUUCGGCAACGCCUACAAUGCCGAAACGAUUGAAGCGGCCAUCAAGCACACAAAUUGGGUCUACGGAUCUAGGGACAAAUAUAGAGUUGGUUCAAUGAAAACGAUAUAGCUGGUUCACGGCUGGCUUGAGUCAUCGAAAAACGGGUCCUGACACGAUAAUUCAUUCGACUUGUGUAGUUAGGUUUCAAAACGGUGUAAUACGAAAGAACAUUAAUCAACAUAAGAAAGUCGGGUUAGUUUUUUUUUUCCAGAAAAAACCCCUUUUUUAACUCUUUUGAAUGCUGCCUCAAUUUCUUCGUAAAAAACAAAGAAACUUUCAUUGAUUUUUUUCUAUUGAUUCGAAAAAAAAAAAUCCUUUUUUUCAAACUGUUAAUUAUGUUUACGAAUGAUUUUGAGGGAACGAACGUCGUUCUGCCCAAUGGAUCACUGGAUCCUUGGCACGCACUAGGAAAAUAUACAGCGAACGAUCCUUCUGUGGUACCUUUUCUUAUAAAUGGUUUGUUGAGUUUGUUGUAAGAAAAAGAUCUGUAAUAUUCAUACUGGAUAUAUUUUAUAGUAGAUCAUUUUAUAUUAGAUCAGUCUCUAGAUAUUCAAACGCAUGUGCCAGGCGAGUUUGUUAUUUUUCAUUGCGCAGAACUCUAAUUACAACAAAAUUUGAACUCCAUGAAAAUUCUGAUUAUUGAACUGAUAAAUUCUAGGAACGGCCCACUGUGCUGACAUGUACCCAGCAAGAGACGCAGACGUGCCAGACCUAGCCAAAGUCCGAGCUCUCAUCGACACGAACAUCGGCCAGUGGCUGUCGAAUGCGCCCCCGCCCCCAACGACCGCCGUCCCAGGCGGUCCGACUGACGUCACCAAAGGAACUGGUCCGACUCAAUCACCACAGCCGCCUACCACCACACAAGGCAUCCUCAAUAUUCAACUUUAAAAAAAAAUCAAUUAUUUUCAGGAUCUUCGAGGCUCACUUCUUUAUUAGCGGCGACGGUUGUAUUAUUCCUUUUUUCCCUCAAUAACUGA